GAAAAUUGAAGGUUUUUUUACUUAGUUUUCCGGUGAGCACCAAAUGACUCUAUUUCAAACCAUCUCAUUCAUCGUCUUUUUAUUCUCUCUUCAGCCAUCAGCAAGCGUUGAAAUUUGCCGUGUUUCAUGUGGGAAUCAAUUGGUUCGUUUCCCUUUCCGUCUCAGCAGCCAACCCGAUCGUUGUGGCUAUCCCCCGUUCAAUCUCUCAUGCAAGGACCAAGCCCAAACUGUCCUUUCGCUUCCAUUUUCCGGUGAAUUCAAUGUCGUACACAUUGACUAUUUGUUCCAAAAUAUAUGGCUCAACGACCCUGAUCAUUGCACCCCCAAACGUCUCCUUCAUGGACUUAACCUAUCCAGUACUCCUUUUGAUUCGCUAUAUCCUCGAAGCUUCACGUUUUUCAAUUGUUCCGCCGCUGCAUCAACACAGCUUCAUCAAGCAAAGUAUAUCUCUUGUCUCAGCGGUACAAACUUUUCUGUCGUGGCUCUACCGGCGGACCGACUCGAUUCGUCGGCAUCAUUGUCAACGUCGUGUUUAGAGAUAGCGACGGUUUUGGUUCCGUUUUCCUGGACGGGUUGGUCGAAUCUUGGGAAUGGUAUUAUGUUGACAUGGAAUGAACCGAAUUGCCUGAGGUGCGAAAAUGGAGCAGGGAACUGCAUGUUCAAGAGUGAGACGGGCCUGGAUGUUGGAUACUCCGGUGGUUUUACCAAUGGUCUUUCAAGACAUGCUAAAUACGGUAUAAUGUUUGGUGCUGGAAUACCGGUGUUGUUCAUCGUCGGCUUAGUAAUUUACCUCCGCAACAAGGUUGAAGAAGACUACAACAAUCGGCAUCCAAAUCAGCCAGAACUGUUGUCGACCACCCCAAGAUUAGAUGCUUCCGUCAAAGGUCUCGAUGGACAAACCAUCGAGGCGUAUCCAGUAACAUUGCUGAGUGAAAGCCGGCGAUUACCGAGGCCUAAUGAUAAUACUUGCCCAAUAUGCCUUAGUGAAUACCAAGCUAAAGAGAUGUUAAGGACUAUUCCAGAUUGCGAGCAUUAUUUUCAUGCCGUUUGUAUCGAUGAGUGGCUGAAAUUGAAUGCUGCAUGCCCCUUGUGCCGUAAUACCCCGCAAACAUUAGCUCCUAUUGUUUCAUCUUCAUCAUAACAGAUGAUUAAUUUACUUAUUUGUCUUUGUGUAUAAUUUCUGUAUGGGAUCAAUGUAAAAGAAAUAAAGUGAAAAUUACCAAA